GACGGCAAAAAAAGACAAGUGAAGUGUUUACUGAUAUCUAACUAAAAGUCGUCGUGUCGGGGAAAGUUUUGACGUUAAAUGAGCGUAAACGGAGGAGCCUGAGUUACCUGUAGGAGACGCAGCACGUUGAACAGCGAAGAAUUUCAGGUGCAGCUUAAACCAGACACACAUGGAUGUCAGGAGGGAGAACCCAAAUAAUGCUGCCCACUUCAAUCUUCUCAGCUUCAGCACCAAAUAGUCACGUCAGCCAGCUGAGCAGGUACCUGAGCAACCACCAAAAUACACCUGAAGAAGACGAUGAAACCAUGAGUACAGAAGAGCGAGAAGCCGCUGUCGUCCAGAAGCCGGACUCCACAUCUCACCCCGAUGGACAAGACCCCCUUCCUGAGCACGCCACGCUCGCUGAUGACUCCCUACUCAGUAGAGAGAGGCUGAACAUAGAGCAGGAACACAAGCACAACCACACUGUUCCCAUGCCCAGCCCUAGCUACUGCACAUACCAGCCUCCUCGCUGCUUGCCGGCUGGGCAUAGCCAGCCGACUCCUUUCCCCAGCCAGGUUGAAGGCCCCUGGCUCCACCCGAGCAGCAACUGGUCACAGUAUACCAACAGCCUGCCGUCAUAUCUGAGCCAGAAAGAUUACUCCAGCUGUCCUGGAGACAGCAGCACCUCCAGGUACAAGUUCCUGUCCCUCCCCGGCAGACACAGCACCAGUAUGACCAGCCUGGAGCAGCCGAUGUCUUUGCGCUCCAACCCGCCGUCGGCCGACUUUGGUCACCACACCCUGUCUCCGUACUCGUGCCCGCCACCUGGUGCGGCUUGCUGCGCGCAGUGCCCUCCGGAGGCCUUCAACAGGGGGCCUGUGGCCAACAAACACUUCUGGCCUCAGUAUCACCCAGCUUAUGGCCCAUACUAUCAAGGUGACUGCAGACUUCCUGGAGCUGGAUACACACAGAUUGGCCACAAUGCUCCAGCCCCAGAGAAACCUUACAGCACACCGCUGUCACUGGAGCAGAGGAGGGUCUUUGUCACCUAUGAAGCCGACGACGACAAGCAUGUCAAGGAGAUCAUCAACUUUGUUGCUCUGCUGCGACACAACGGUUUUGAUACUCAUAUUGACAUUUUUGAGCAGCAGUUCAGGAGCAUAAGCAAGAUAGACUUCAUGGAGCGGUACCUCAGCGAGAAAGAGUAUCUGAUCAUCAUCAUCAUCAGUCCCAAGUACUACGAGACGGUGACGGCUUCCCCUGUUGGCCUGGAGAACGACGAGAGGACCUUCAACACCGUCUACAUACAUAAACAGCUCCAGAAUGAAUUCAUCCAGAAUGGAAGCAAGAAUUUCAGGUUUAUUCCCAUUUUAUUCCCCGGAGCUAAAAAGUGUCACGUCCCAAACUGGCUUCAAAACACACAUGUUUAUGGAUGGCCGCGCGAUCGGGACGACAUUCUGAGGCGGCUGAUGAGGGUGGAGAAAUAUAAUCCACCUCCCAUUGGGGAACUGCCAACCAUUGUUUCCAUCCCCAUAUAAAAUCCCUGAAGAUUCAGACUGGAACUGAAACCUGAUACUUUCUCUCUGGAGAACUACAUUGUCGAGGUGGACAGGAACACACGUGGAGCGGAGUGUAUUUUAUUUUACUCUUGUGUUAAAUGUGAUCGUGUAGAGAUGGUACUUUUUUUUUGUGAUAUUAAGGUGACUCAUGUGAACUUCUCCCCCUGGGAUAUGUUGCAUAAUUGUAGGUCGCUCCUUUAGAUUCCAUACAGAGACUGAAAAAUAGUCCGAUUAUUACGGUUUAUUUGCAGUGGGGAGCAGCAGGGCUGUCAUUAUGAGAUAUUGACAUAUUUCCCACCAGUACACACUCCUCAU